GGUCCGGACCCUUUGUCUGAGCGCCCGGCGGGGUGUCGCGGCGGCCCCACGCGAGGCGCGGCCAGGCGGCGCCGGGAGCCUCCACCCCCGGCCCACCCUGCCCGGGCUCAUCAUGUGACGCGGGUUAUUUUCUUCCAAGUGCCCAGUAGUUCUGUCACCUUGCAGACUGAGAGGGUGAAAGUUGAGGAGGCUGAUACUGAAAAUACUGAGUAACAAAAGCCGAAGAGGGUGCAAUAGUUUUGAUAUUUGAUGUAUCUCCACAACGAGGCCUGAGUAAAAGGAUUGAAGUGGAUCUAGGGACAAAUGGAUGACUGAAUAUUCAUAUGAAGAGGAAAGCCAUAAAAGACAUCAGCGCCUUUGAGAACAGAAUGUUAAUGCUUGAUGGGAUGCCGGCAGUCAGAGUCAAAACAGAGCUGCUGGAAUCUGAGCAAGGGUCUCCAAACGUCCACAACUACCCAGAUAUGGAUGCUGUACCCUUGUUACUAAACAACAUGAAGGCCGACCCCACGGAGUUUUCAUUAUCUACAGACCAUUUCCAAACACAGACUGAACCAGUGGAUUUGUCAAUAAACAAAGCCAGGUCAUCCCCUACAGCAGCUUCAUCUUCACCAGUUUCCAUGACAGCAUCAGCCUCCUCCCCUUCUUCUACUUCUACUUCUUCUUCUUCCAGUCGGCCAGCUUCAUCCCCCACAGUAAUAACAUCAGUCUCCUCAGCAGCAUCUGUACCGUCAGUAUUAACUCCAGGUCCUCUUGUGGCCUCUGCAUCUGGUGUUGGAGGCCAGCAGUUUUUGCACAUUAUCCAUCCAGUACCACCUUCAAGUCCCAUGAACUUGCAGUCCAACAAAAUGAGUCACGUGCACCGUAUCCCCGUGGUGGUACAGUCGGUACCUGUUGUCUAUACAGCUGUGAGAUCACCUGGGAAUAUGAACAACACUAUAGUAGUACCACUGUUGGAGGAUGGGAGAAGCCAUGUCAAAGCACAAAUGGACCCCCGAGGCCUAUCUCCCAGACAAAUUAAAAGUGACAGUGAUGAUGACGACCUGCCAAAUGUGACCUUAGAUAGCGUUAAUGAAACUGGAUCUACAGCGCUCUCCAUAGCCAGAGCAGUACAAGAAGAGAGCAUGUGGGGCUGUGCCAGGUCAGCUGUUAACCCUUUUCGUUUUUUCAACUCCAGCUCAAUUUCACCGUUCAGUAUUGAGAGCACAAGGCGUCAGAGGAGGUCUGAGUCUCCAGACUCCAGGAAGCGGCGCAUCCAUAGGUGUGACUUUGAGGGAUGCAACAAAGUAUACACAAAAAGCUCCCACCUGAAGGCUCACCGGAGAACGCACACAGGAGAAAAACCCUACAAAUGUACCUGGGAAGGCUGCACCUGGAAGUUCGCUCGAUCCGAUGAACUGACAAGGCAUUACCGCAAGCACACGGGAGUGAAGCCAUUCAAGUGUGCAGACUGUGACCGCAGCUUCUCCCGCUCGGAUCACUUGGCGCUCCACCGCCGCAGGCACAUGCUGGUUUGAGAAAUGCUACCUGUUCCAGCCGAGUUUAAGAGCUGGGUCUCUUAACUACCCACAGUGAAUUCAGCAGGGCUGAAUCUCCCUCUACAGUGUUAACAGGCAGGGCUGUCCCUGAUGUCUGUAACAAAAAAUAAUAACAGAAAUUCAAAAAAAGCAGGAAAAGAAGUGCCACUCUUCUCCUCGCCAUCUGAAGUUAACCCUGUCUGCCCCUCAGCAUGGCUACCCCCUGAAAGUGUCAUCAGAAUCACCUGGGAAAUAGCAGCCGAGAUGCUACAGGAAUGGGCAUUAUUUUACAUGCUGCAUCCUUUGACAAAAAGUGUUUAUAGCUUGUAUGUUUUCUCAGCUGCCAGACAUUUUGUUCCUGAAAAAUCACUGCUGGUUGGAGUAUAGAUACCACGAACUGAUGAUGAUGAUAGUGAUGAUGAUGAUGAUGUUGAGAGCAAGACUGCUAGAUCUGUAUUAUGCCAUCUUUUCCCCUUGCUUUCAAUACCAUCUGGCUGGUGUCAGCACUGCACCGGAGCUGUGCUGCAGACAAGCUGCAUGUGAGUAGGCAAGAAGAUCCUGCUGGAGAGGUCCCGCUGCCGGAGCUGGAGGUUUGCUUGAUCAAACUUUUGCAAUAAUGAUGGUGGCAUUUUAAUAUCAUACCACAACUUGUCAUUAUGCUGUAGAGGACACGAGCCAUUUAACUUUUUUCUGUUAUUUUUUUUUCCUUCUUUUCUUUUGUCUUUGUCAUUGUUGAAGUCUGUAAAAUAAGCAAAGGGCAGCAGUAUCUCUGCUGAAAUACCAUAUUAAGUAUCUGCGUUUUACCAUGGAAUUAAUUAGAUCCAUUUUCUAAUUUGUAUAGAAAGAGCACACCUAAAAACUACUACCCUAUUCUCAGUGGGCUGUUUUCUUUCAUGCAGGUAUCCUCUUCCCCACAACCAUUAUUUGAACCCAAGGAAAUAGUCAGAUCUUGUACUUGCUGGUACCAAGGUUAGUGGUAUAGCCAUUCAUGAGAUGGAACUGAAUGUAUCAUCAAAACAUAACAGAGAAGAAACGGCUGCAUCUCUUGCAGAGAAAAAGCAAUAAUGAAUAAAAUGGCUCUUGAGACAAUAAUUUACUCCACACCAACAGAAGUGGGGGUAUGCAGAAACAGCAUGUAGGAUUUAAGCAUUUAAAUUAAUCUUUUUGCUGGUUUCACUGACCUGCUAGGCACCACAAUUAAGUACUUUGAUUUCCUUUAACAUAAUACUUGUGGAAAGCAGGAAAGAUAAAGGAAAGAGUUGAUUGUUGAGGAGGUAGUGGAUGAACUGUAAGUAGGACAGAGAAAUACGCAGUUGUGCUCUGCAAGACAUUAGAUUUCUCCCUGGGAGUUAGGGAAUAACAAGACUUUGCCAGCUGUAUAUUAUGACAUAAAUGGACCUCUGUAUGCGUACCAGUGGCUGCCUCUGCUUGGAUUCUCAAUCCAAGCCUUUUCAGAUUAAAUAAAAGGAAAUUCUUGAUCAUUCCCAUACAGCCCUGUAAUUGCAAACCGAUUUGUAUUAAUUGAAUUAUGUAGGAAAGAGAGAAACUUAGUCAUCCGUUAUUCAUGCAAACAGAAUAGUGUUUUUCUGGUUUCUUUCCUCACAAGGAUCUGCCUAUUCAGCUAAAUUUGACAAAGGGGAGGCUUGGCAAUAUUUUCUAAGUGUUGAGAUUUUCAUAGCUUAGAGAUGAAAGAUGUAAACAUAAGGUCUUUUGCAAUGCAUUUAAUUAUGAAUAUUUUGUUGCAAGAAUUCCAGAUUAAAUUUGUGAUGCCACUUGUUUGUUUUUAAAUGUUUAACCAUCUCAGUUAAUAUCAGAUUCCUGAAGUAAAUGUAGUAAUGUUGGGGAGAUUUUGGAAUCAAGAUAAUCUUUAACAAAAAACAACAUAGAGUACCCAUACACAGAUACAAAAGCAAUUGCAGUUAAUUGAGGAUUAAUAUGAUGGGGAUUAUACUUUGUAACAGCAUUCACAAGACCUCCAGAGUUUGGUUGUCUUUAAAUAUCCUUAAUGUUCCCCAGUAUAUAUAGUUUACCACCUCUCUGAAAGAAUUUACAAAAAGUUCAGGCUUCACACUGGCAAGUGGUGAGCAGAGAAACUCAACACAAAUUAUUCACAGCUGUUGAGGGAAAAAUGCCUCUAUCAAUUCCCAUUGACCAUGUUGGUGAUCUACUUCCACCAGCUUUGACAACAUUCUAGAAUCCAUCCCCAAAUCAGAGACAGAGCAGGGCUUCUGGAUAGACCAUGAGGCAUUGCAGGACAGCAGAACUGUGUCUUUAUGAGCAGCAUUACUACCGCUGAUUUUAAAAGCUGAUUGUCAAAGUAUUGUAUGUGAGGUUUUUCAUGGAUUAUGUCUGAGGUCUGGUUUUUGUGUACUUCAAUAUCAUCCCCUUAAAUGCAUCUGUCAUUGUUGGCAUUUAGGGAAAGAAGUCAGGUCAGGUAGAACUCCAUUGAUACAAUACUUUUCUUGCCCAAGAAUAUUUUACCAACUAAUUAUUUGAAUAGCAGUAUGGCAUACUGAAUGGCAGUAUGCCAUUGAACGGCAUACAGAAUUACUUUUGGGAUCUGUGGUUUGUUUGGGUUUUUGUUUUCCCUCAUAGAAAAUUAAGUUUGCUUGAGCAGAAACUCCUAUUGGGCAUUCUGUUAGCAUAGAGGAGGAUGUGACGUUACUCUCAAACAUUGGUUGCAGGGUGCAACUGGGAGAGAUCAGUGUUCCUCUUUAGGCUUCCCCUGUUGUCAGUGAAGACAGAGAAACUACAAGAGAAAGGGAGAGGCCUUUAAUUUUAGUGUUCAGCUUUGAAAUGCCCUGUGGAAGAACAUAUGUAUAACAGACCCUGGAGAGGCUUGUCUCCCUAGGCUGAUGUUGUUCUGUGUGAAUCCCUGGUUUUUCAGCUGGUUGCCUGUUACUAUCAUGAAUUGGAAGCACUGCAACAGAAAAGGGUCUGGUUUUAUUCAAAGACCCCCAAAGUGAUAGAGGGUUAAAGCAGCAGUAAUGCCAAGGGACAAGGCACAGAGUGUGACAAUGGUAGGAGAAUGAAGCCAAAAGGUAAAGGAAUGUCUACAUUUUGUUAUUUCACAGGCAGGAGGUGCAUCCUCAGCCUUUCCAGCACAUGUGCAAGGGCUUCUCAUGCUGCUGUUACCUGUAGAUGAAUCGCACAACUGCAAUUCUGGGUUUCAAGUACACAGUAUUGUUCUUUAUGAGGUUCUCAUUCAUACCAACACCUUCAGGCUUUGAUCCCAGUUACUCCAUGGGGUUGUUUUCUGGGUUUUAUCCCCUUCAGAACUAUUUUAAGAGAAGUUACUCAGUAGGAUGGGGGUGUUUAAAUGUGGAGCUGAUGUCCCGCAGAUCCUCAAUGUGUCUUUGCCUUUAUUGGCUGUGGGUCAGACCUGCCAAGUUUCUGUGCUCGUGCAAAGGCCAUGGGCAAUUGCUCCAGGGUAGUUUCUUCAAAAAUCCUGGUACCCCACCACAGGUCUGUGACAUUUCAUGGCUGUGGCGAAGGCUUACGUCAUGUGUAGCAUGCAGAAAUACCAGAUCUCAUCCUGACACGAUGAGUAGGGCCAUUUUAAUUGAGCAGUUGGUAUACACAAACAUACAGUGUCCCAUUCCUUCAGAAAGACAAGAGAUUUCAGUCUACCAUGCCGUGGCACUGUAUGUUACAGCUUGCAAGGGAAAUUAUGCCAUGAAGUGUCAGAUUUCAUAUAUUUUAAAAAGUUCUAAAUGGAUUUGUCAGGAAAUCUCAGGAGCCAGCAUUUUAGGAAAAUGUAAUGAGCAAACAGCUUUUAUACUAAACUUUUAAAAUGUUUAAUUGUGUCAUUAUGUUUUGAGCACCCCUUAUAUUCAGCACUGUAAAAUUGGCUCAUUGCAAUGGCAGUUUUUACCUGGGGAUGAAGAUGCACUAUCCCUUAUUCUCUCUCAUGCUUACAUAAUUAAUUAAAUAGGCUUAGAUUGACUUGUAUAUAUGAUUAUUUGCUGGAGUAAUGUAUAACAAAAUUAACAAUGUUGAAAAUUACAUCAGUGAUGUUGAUGUUUGGGUAAACUUGCAGUGCAGAGCAUGGACAAAUAGCUGUACAGCCAUUCUCCCCUUUAAUAAUGAGAAUAACAGUGAUAAGUCUCGUUUUCCAUUAGCCACAUUGAAAAUGUAUUCUAGUUGCCAUUUAUAAAUUUAAAUUCUGAUAAUAAAUGCUGUUUAACGUGAAAAAAUAUCUUUCCCCUUUAUUGAAAGUGGGUACCUCAAAAUCAGGGUAGGUGUGACUAACAAUAUCCCACUUACAUUUUAGUUUGAAUUUGAGUUUGGAAAGGUCACUGUGUGAAACUGUGUCUUCCACAGCAGUCAAGUCUUAAGAUCGUUCAGUAAAUCCAUGCUACUCCCACAUGCUCAUCCUUACGCUCAUGCAUAUGAACCCCAGCACUUCCAAGUGUCUCUACCCAUGUACAGGUAAUAAAAAAGUUUAUUUAAAAUUAAAAUUUAGGGAAAAAAAACCCCCAAAAAAGAUCAGAAAAGGAAGAAUUUUAAGUAAACACUGUUACAGAAAAUACUACCUUAAGAAACCAGCUCAUGUUAUUGUGUUAUGGCUUUGCCUGUGAUACGUGACUGGAGAAUUGCACAAAGAAAUUGUUGUAUUUUCACAGUUCUGCUACAGCAUAGCAGUUGCUAUGUAAUGUAUGCUUAUGAAGUCAUGCCCACUGGAACAUUGAAAAGGCUUAAAUUCUCCACAAUAAAUCAGAUCUUGGCAUAAAAAUGUAACUGUAAGGAUACUGCAUCUUUAUAAAUCAAAGUAACUUGAAAGUAUUUUACUAUACUUGUAACAGUUAAAAUGUGAUACAUGUGAUAAUGGAAAAGUAUUUUCAAACUCACAGUUUUACGUGGGGUGUUAAAUAGCUGAAAUUAAAUACAUUUUUAAACAAUCCUUACCUUCAGUUUUCAUUGGGAAGACUGUUAGGAUAAUGCCUUGCAAAGCUUAAACACAAAACCCAAGUAAAUUGUUCUGUUUUAUCAGAGCGUGUUUUCUCUGCAAAAUGGAGUGGCCACUUCUUUACUGUUUUGCAGAUGGUGUGUGAUACAGCAAAGUUAUACUGAGUCCUUCCAUGUCAAAUAAGUCAACACUCAAUGUCUUUGACUGAAUAAAGAAAAAAAAACACUUAAACAAAAUGAAAACCAUAUGAAAGGUUUGUCGGUUUGUGAUUUCUUGUUUUCCUUCUGGCAUUUUACAAUGAACUGCAGAUACAGGAAUGGCAAACACUCAUGAUUUUAUUUCUUCUUGCAUUUCCCCAGCUACAGUGCAUCCUGAUUAAAGGUUGCAGAGUUGAAAUAGGCAGCUGCUUUUUGCUGAUUCCAGGGGAGUUUAGUCUUCUAGGUGCAGUAACAUGUCAAGAAUAUCCAUUGUAGCAGGACAGUUCUGACAUUUAAAAUACACAUACACUUCAGUGAGAUAACCUGAAAUCUAUUUUAGAGGUGAAACAGAAACUGAAAGUGCCUGUAAUUAGAACUGAUGGGAUGUUCCUAUACUUUUACACAGCAAUAACUUGAUGGGAUUCUGUUAACAAUAAGGUGAAAAUGAAAUUUUACUUGGAGAACAAUAAUGCAGCACAGAAACAAACACAAAGUGCCAUUUGUAUGUUCACAUGUUGAGAUACUGUGUUAGAGUUUUUAGUUAUUUUCUCAGAUAACAUCUGUCAUAUAUUUGUAAGAAGAAAAUAAAUCUUAGUUUACAAAUUACUCGUAGCUGUACCGAUUCUCAGUAGGUGUGAUUGGAAGUCGUUGUCAGAGCAGUGUUUUAGGGGAUUUCUUCCCAAUUUAUGUUGGAUAUGCCCGUGUAUCCAGGGUAUUCUCUAGUGAAGUAAUCCAAAACCAGCAAUAAGCCCAAUGGAGCUUUUUUUUUAGGGAAUAUGAUAGAACAGGUAUUCUCUUGAAAAAUCCUCUGCAUUGAACUCUGGAAACACGAGAGUUCACCUUAUGUCUCCUUUCUCUUCAUCAUGUAAUGCUCAUAGUAUUUAAUAUCAUCUUGGUUGACUUCAUGAGUGGACAAAAUAUAUCACUUAUCUUUCUUUUGGGGACAAAUGAGUGAAAAGUUGGGGUCUGUCACUCUAGAGACUCUUUGAAUACAAACAAGAAGUUGAUAUUCCUAAGAUGAAGUAUGGAGAUUUUUAUAUUGAGUGGCCUAAAUAUUUGCAUCAGUAGACUAAUUGAUCUUACCAGAAAAUGGCCAGCUGUAACUCUUGCACUCUUAUUUUUCCUGAGUUUUUUCGUAAAUAUUAACUACUGCUAAUGGAUUCUUAAAAUAGCAGUGUAAUGCCAGCCCUCAUGCUUCUUCUAUUUUUAAAAAUAAAUUUAUCAGAAAUCAAAAUGCAACUGGUUGUCCUGAUGCCUUUGGCAAAGAAAAUUGCUUUCCAUCCUCUGAAAUUGUACCUGUCAUUUAUCCAGGCAAAAUUUUGUAUUUGAGAAAUCCUGAAUUUUGUUUAGACUUCUGCUGCCAUCAGUGGGUUGCUGCUGGAGUCUUACUGAGGCUCAUACACGGAUGAAAGUGCAAGUCCAAAAACAACAUCUCUCCCCAAAAAAGUGCAUGUGGACACACGUGUAACAAUUAGGUAUUCAUGUAUAUGAGUUGAUUACGUGACAAGGUUACUUGUUCAAUAACAAAUUUAAGUGUUAACCACUGGCAGACAUAAUCCCAUCAGAACAUGCAUAUACUUACUGUUGUCCUGAGCUUAUCCCCAGAUAUUAAGCACACAAAAGAAUACAACUCAUGCUAGGGAUUUCAGGAGAGCACCAGGGAAUGUGUUGUCAGAAGUACAAAGGAAUCUAGUUUUUUAUCCAGUACCUGAGCCCUUCUUGGAAAGGAGUGUUCAGUUCUUUGUUCUGGAGCAACAACACUGUGAGGGGGCACCCUAGGAAAGCUGCCAUGUUGGAAGGGUUGGCUGAUUCCAGCCCUGCAUGUGUGUUAGUUCUUCAGUAGGAAAGGGCACUUUGUCUUCACCAUCCCAAAAUUAGAUCGGUUUUUUCCUCUUCAUUCUGAAAAGCAAACAGUAAGGGUUCUUUUUUUUUUUUUUUUUUUUUUUUUUUUUUUUUUCUGUUUUGUUUUUUAGUCUGUUUUGUUCUGAUUUUACUUUUUGGUUUUUUUGUUUGUUUUAUUUGGGUUUGGGGUUUGUGUUUUGGUUUUUGUUUUUGUUUGUUUGUUUGUUUGUUUUUUGUUUGCCAGCAUUAUUCUGUAGAAGCUCAUGCUCACUGACUGAGUUAUGAAAUAAUUACCAUUGUGGUAACUUUCACAUUAUUCAAUACAGAGUUUUUCAGUCCUCCAGAGAAACAAAACUGGGAAUCUGAAUUUUAGCUAUUACAGAAAUAAGAAUACAAAAAAUUACUUUAGAUCCUAUUGUCCAUAUGAAUGAACUGCAACAUCUUUCCCAGUUCAGAGUCAGAGUUUGAGUGAGUCCCAAGGUGCUCUCAGUUACAAAAGAAGAGGUGGGUCGCACAUUGGCUCGCUAAACCUUGCUCUGUGCUGUGACCUCAGCAUAUAAAAACAGUAAUUCAGUGUCUGAUACGGGAUCACAGGCGAUGGCUUUGAUGGAUUGUCAUAAGCAUGAACCAUGAUAUACACAAAUAGGUUCGGAUACCACUUUUCUCCUUCUACCUGCCUUUCUAGGUAUAAAAGAGCUUUGGAAAGACAGCUUGAGCCAAAUCUUCAUGGUUGAACUAACAUUUUUCAUGAUUCAGAGUUGUUGUCAUUUCUGGUUUCAGACUCUUUCACUGCUACGUUUCCAUGUUAAAAAAUCUGCAUGGUUUAUUUCUUUCCUGAUUGUCCUAUACAUGGCUUCCUUGGUAAUGUAAAUUCUUUACUGAACACCCACACAAUAUGCUCACUUGACUUUCUGUCUGUCCUUACAAAGCUGUAUUUCCCAUUUGCACAUUUGUAGAAUAUACACAGAAAUAGUGAUGAAUUACUUAAGUUUCAUGCACCAUCAGCCUUAAGACCUUCAACCCACACACAGGCACAUGCAUUUCAUACACAUCGAGGGAGAGAGAGAUUUGGACACCGCUAUCAACAUGUGGGGUCAAAAAUACCAUUAAAUCAGAAAGUUCUUUCAGCUGUGUUCAGGAAAAAACAACAAUACUGAAAAAUAUAAUUCUUGGCCAAGUUACUUAUGGACGAAGCAAAUUCCCCCAUGGUGUUAUUUGAAUGAAAACCUAAGGAUGGGAUUGUAUUUGGCCCCAAAUUGUUCCUUCUAAUCAGGUCAUUAGUGUUGUAUGUACCAAUGAGUGUUCAUUUGAUCCUCCUGUGUAAAAAUACAAAAACAUCCCGUAGUUUACCAAGCGAUUCAUUUGGGACUGAGGCUUCACAGCAAUGGAAUUAGUAUGUACAGCACCUCAAUCUUUUCCUAGAUAAGAUGCGAAAGGGAGGGCCAUUGUCGGUAACCCCAUAGAGACAGUAGUGUCAAUAGAGCUCCUACAUUUAAAAGGAAUAAAAAUACCAGUACUAGCAGGCAAACAUAUUAGGUUUUUAGACUUUCUUUUGCCUUCUUUUCAAAAGCUUUUAAAUACAAAAAUUACUUUUCUUCAAAACUUAAAGUAAACUUCUGAAGAUCUAAUUUCCCAAUAGUUUCCUCUGCAUUUAUAUACUAUGUAGUGUUUAGGCAAUGCCUAUGUUAUAAGUUUAUUAAUAUUAUGUAAGUGUUGUUCUUGUAUUUAUGUAUAGUGUAUGUAUUGUAAAUAUACUCAGAGCUUUUUUUCCUCUUACUGUAAAAAGGUGAUUUUUGCCCUAUGAUAAUGUAAAGGGAGUCCCCUAAUGAAAUUGUCAGAGGAUGAUUAUUCCACUCUAUUCUCAAAGAUUUAAAUGAACAAGUGUUAUCGUUUUAAAUGGUGUCUCAGACAUAUUUUGUUGGUGCAUUGCUUUUCUGUAUUCAACUUUCCUAUGAAUUGAGCUGUGAAUUGAAAUAGAGUUUAAACCUUUAAAUGUAUGCAUUUGUACAAUUAUCUGAAUGGAGGCAUGAAGGUUAAAUAAAGCAUUUUGUAUGGAACAAA